CAAGAAGCCGGGAAGCGGAAGACUCGCUGCUUACCCAUGGCCCCGGCAGUGAAGGAGAGCGGGAACACCAUUAAGUCGCCUUGCUAGCGGUCUGUAACCAUAGCAACGAAGCCAGGCCGCCUGUGUUUCGGGCCCCUGGGAGGGCUAGUCACCGGGGCACCUCUGGGAAGGUGUAAAAGUUUUUUGGGGGCUCAGACGGAGAACCCCGAGGACAGAGCAUUUUGCACCUCUGCACAAUGAACAGAAAGAAGGGAGACAAGGGCUUCGAGAGCCCGCGGCCUUAUAAAUUGACCCACCAGGUUGUCUGCAUCAACAACAUCAACUUCCAAAGAAAUUCGGUGAUUGGCUUUGUCGAAUUGACGAUAUUCCCAACAGUCGCUAACUUGAACAGGAUCAAGCUGAACAGCAAGCAGUGCAGGAUAUACCGUGUGAAGGUGAACGAGCUGGAAGCGGCCUUCAUAUACAACGACCCCACGCUGGAGGUCUGCCACCAUGAGUCCAAGCAGAGGAAUCUGAACUACUUUUCCAAUGCAUAUGCAGCCGCGGUGAGUGCGGUGGAUCCAGAUGCUGGAAAUGGGGAGCUUUGCAUCAAAGUUCCUUCUGAAUUAUGGAAGCAUGUUGAUGAGUUAAAAGGCUUGAAAGUAUACAUUGAGUUUUCUCUGGACCAGCCGAAAGGCGGACUGCAUUUUGUCGUCCCCAAUGUUGAGGGCAGCAUGGCUGAACGUGGAGCGCAUGUGUUUUCCUACGGCUAUCAAAAUUCUUCCAGGUUCUGGUUUCCUUGUGUUGAUUCGUACUCAGAGCUGUGCACGUGGAAGCUGGAGUAUACGGUUGAUGCCUCCAUGGUGGCUGUUUCCAACGGAGAUCUUGUAGAAAUAGUUUACACCCAUGACAUGAGGAAAAAGACUUUCCAUUACACGCUUCCAAUCCCCACAGCCUCCCCUAACAUUUCCCUGGCAGUUGGGCCUUUUGAGAUCCUUGUUGACCCCUAUAUGCAUGAGGUGACCCACUUCUGUUUACCACAGCUGCUCCCUCUUCUGAAACACACUACCUCUUACCUGCAUGAAGUGUUUGAGUUCUAUGAAGAGAUUCUCACAUGCCGUUAUCCAUAUUCUUGCUUCAAAACGGUCUUUGUGGAUGAAGCGUAUACGGAAGUAUCAUCGUACGCAUCAAUGAGUAUUUUCAGUACAAACCUCCUGCACAGUACGUUGAUUAUUGACCAGACUCCGUUAACCAGAAGGUUUCUGGCUCAGUCUUUGGCUCAGCAGUUUUUCGGUUGCUUCAUUUCGAGAAUGUCCUGGUCAGACGAGUGGGUUCUGAAAGGUAUCUCUGGGUAUAUUUACGGCCUCUGGAUGAAGAAGACAUUUGGUGUUAAUCAGUACCGGCACUGGAUCAAAGAAGAGCUGGACAUGAUCGUCUCCUAUGAACUAAAAACCGGAGGGGUUUUACUGCACCCGACAUUCACAGCUGGCAAAGAAAAGGAUAACCCAUCUUCACACUUCCACUUUUCAACCAAACACCCGCAUACCCUGUCCUGGGAGUAUUACAAUAUGUUCCAGUGCAAGGCCCACCUGGUCAUGCGACUGAUUGAAAACCGCAUCAGUAUGGAAUUCAUGCUCCAGGUUUUCAACAAGCUUUUAAGUUUGGCCAGCACGGCUUCAUCUCAAAAGUUCCAGUGCCACAUGUGGAGUCAAAUGUUGGUUUCGACAUCUGGCUUUUUGAAAUCCAUCUCCAACGUGUCUGGAAAAGACAUCCAACCUUUAAUAAAACAGUGGGUAGACCAGAGCGGGGUUGUGAAGUUCUACGGCAGCUUUGCAUUUAAUAGAAAGCGAAACGUUCUGGAAUUGGAAAUAAAGCAGGACUGCAGUUCUCUGGGGACUCAGAAAUACGUGGGUCCACUUAAAGUAACUGUUCAAGAGCUUGAUGGGUCUUUUAACCACACGCUACAGAUUGAAGAAAACAGCCUGAAGCAUGACAUACCGUGCCACUCGAAAAGCAGAAGGAACAAAAAGAAAAAGAUUCCAUUGAUGAACGGAGAAGAAGUAGACAUGGAUCUGUCUGCAAUGGAUGCCGAUUCUCCACUGCUGUGGAUAAGAAUUGAUCCGGACAUGUCGGUGUUGAGGAAGGUUGAGUUUGAGCAGGCAGAUUUCAUGUGGCAAUAUCAGCUGCGCUUUGAAAGAGACGUGGUUGCGCAGGAAGAAGCCAUCCUCGCUCUGGAAUCCUUCCCGACUCCCGCAUCGCGAUUGGCGCUGACGGACAUCCUUGAACAAGAACAGUGCUUCUAUCGAGUGAGAAUGAUGGCAUGUUUCUGCCUCGCCAAGAUAGCUAAUGCGAUGGUGAGCACGUGGACGGGACCCCCCGCAAUGAAAUCUCUCUUUACCCGCAUGUUCUGUUGUAAGAGCUGCCCCAACAUUGUCAAGACCAACAACUUCAUGAACUUCCAGAGCUAUUUCCUACAGAAGACGAUGCCGGUCGCUAUGGCUUUGUUGAGAGAUGUUCAUAAUCUCUGCCCCAAGGAAGUACUUUCGUUUAUCUUAGACCUCAUCAAGUACAAUGACAACAGGAAAAACAAGUUUUCAGAUAAUUAUUACCGCGCAGAGCUGAUCGACGCACUUGCGAAUUCGGUAACGCCUGCUGUGAGUGUCAAUAAUGAAUCGAGGACUCUGGAUAAUCUGAAUGCUGAAGUCCGUCUUAUUCUAGAGGAGAUCACUCGCUUCCUAAACAUGGAAAAACUACUCCCCGGUUACAGGCAUACAAUAACCGUCAGUUGCCUCAGAGCCAUUCGUGUCCUUCAGAAGAAUGGGCACGUUCCUAGUGACCCAACACUCUUUAAAUCCUACGCAGAAUAUGGACACUUUGUGGAUGUCAGAGUUGCAGCUUUGGAGGCCGUUGUUGAUUACACUAAAGUUGACAGGAGCUCUGAAGAUUUGCAGUGGUUACUCAACAUGGCCCAGAACGAUCCUUUGCCUUAUAUACGGCACAAGAUUCUGUACAUGUUGUCAAAGAACCCCCCAUUUACAAAGAACGUGGACUCUCCAUUGUGUAAUGAAGCUCUGGUUGAUCAGCUCUGGAAACUCAUGAAUUCAGGUACCUCGCAUGACUGGAGAUUGCGAUGUGGGGCUGUGGACCUGUACCACAUACUAUUCGGCCCCAGCAGACCCUCGUGUCUGCCCCUGCCAGAGCUUGGAUUAGUCCUUAAUCUGAAGGAGAAGAAAGCUGUCCUGAACCCCACUAUUAUCCCAGAGCCCGUAACGAGCAGCCUGGAUCCUUUGCCAAAUGCCAACAUGCACGGGCAAGUUACAGGAUUCCAAAGCCACGAUGAAGACUCCGUAGUCAAGGAAAACAUGCCCAUCCCACAGGGUAUGAAAAGGAAGCUGGACGCCAUACUCGACUUGCAGCUGGAACCCGGGCAGGUACUGGAGAAGAAUGAGGACAGCAAUAAAGUGAAACUCAAAAUCAGAGAAGAAGAAGAAAUUGACAUGGAUACAGUGCACGACAGCCAGGCUUUCAUAUAUCAUCAUUUGAAUAUGUUGGAAAGACCAUCGACACCAGGGAAAGAACAGUCCUCUUUGGACAUGCACAUUCAUCCCAUGCCCCCGACACCUCUGUCCUCUUUUAUUAAAGAAUCAGGAUCAUCGAAGCACAGUGACCAUCACCAUCAUCACCACCAUGACCACAAGAAGAAGAAGAAGAAGCAUAAACACAAGCAUAAGCACAAACACAAGCAUGAAAGCAAAGAUAAGGAGCGCGAACCUGUUGCCUUCUCAAACAGCCCCGCUAGUGGGCGCUCACUCCGUUCCCCGUCGCUGUCAGACUGAGCUGGCCUGUUCUUACAGGUUACAAAAGU